AUGAUCCAGCUGAUGGUACUGCUAUACAAUUGGGUGUGGAAAAACGAGCAUGCUCCAAGUAGAUGGAGGGAUGGAGUGGUUGUGAAGUUGUUCAAGAACGGCGACAAGACUGACCCAGGAAACUACAGGGGGAUCACACUAUUGGACACAGAUGUAAAAGUGUUCUGUAAGCUGCUGAACGAUAGGAUAGUGGGAGUAUCGGAGAAGGAACAUAGCAUUAGUGAGGGCCAGGUAGGUUUCCGAAAGAGGGGGUGCGUAGACCACGUGUUCACGUUAGGGAUAAUCAUCAAAGGUAGAAAGACGGCGGGAAAGCCGACGUACUGCUUCUUCCUGGACGUGCAACAGGCAUUCGAUACAAUAAGGGAAAUCUCGGUGUCGCGAAUGCUGUUUGCGGAUGAUUUUGUCGGUAUGUCGGACACCCCUGAGGGACUGCAAGUGCAAAUUGACGCGGCGAAAAGGUUCACUGACAAAUGGAAAUUCUCUGCCAACAUUUAG